AUGUCCCCUUAUUCCCUUAGGUUUAACAACGGCCCGUCACCAAAUUUACAGGGAACCAGGAUCAGGGACACCAAGCCAAACUCCAACGAGUCUCUCAAAUCUGCCGAUUGCAAAAUAGGUGAUCUUUUCGUCUUCGAUACUUCUGGCGUCGAUAGGCAGACUAUGGCAUACUUGGGACGACGAUUUACCCUGGGGCGGAAAGAAGCACAAAACAGCGAGAGUCACGAAGCAGCUGAUGGUGUCAAGUAUAUUGCAUUCGAGCAAGAUGCUUUCAUUUCAAACUCACCUGAGACUAUCAAGAAACUCCCUGAUAGUGGCUGUGAUUCUGUGCUUCUGCAACCCAGCAAAGCCUCUCUUGGCAGCAAAAAGCGCCGAACUCCAAAGCUGACAAUGGAAGAAGACAGCGAGGCUGGCGUUGUGUUGUAUCUGGACGACCUGCAACUGAAGAACAUCGACGAUACUAGCCAAUAUAUCAUGUAUGCUGAUUCGUUUUAG